AAUCCAAUAACAAGAACAUGUUGCGCUGCCUAUAUUUUAAUGCAAGAAGCGUCGUGCGUAAGUUGGAUGAUCUUCAAGUUCUCGCAGCUGAUAAAGAUUUGAUCGCUGUUACAGAAACUUGGCUGAAACCGACGGUUAUGGAUUGUGAAGUGCUGCCCGGGACAAAUUGCAACAUCUUUAGAAAAGACAGAACUUCUCGGCCUGGUGGAGGAGUUAUGUUGGUCGUUCGAGAUACGAUUACGUGUUUUCGUCGUCAAGAUUUGGAGGGGGAUAGUUCUGAGGUUCUAUUUUGCGAGAUUCGACCUAACAACAGACGUAAACUUCUUGUUGCUGUCUACUAUCGACCACCGGAUUCCAGUCUUGAGUACUUGAAGGAGUUAAAAGCAUCUCUACGUCUAGCACAUAAUGCCAAAUUCGAUCAGCUCAUUUUAUGUGGCGACUUCAACUUGCCAAACAUAGACUGGGCUACUGGCACCUCAAAAACCAAUGACGCUAUUGAGAACUGUUUCACAAAGUUAGUGCGUGAUAACUACCUAUGGCAAUUAGUAGACUUCCCGACACGGAUCUCUAACACACUGGAUCUAAUAUUAACCAAUGUACCUGAAAAAGUUAAAGAUGUUUAUGGGUAUGAUGACGUCAUUUCUACUGAUCAUAAACUCAUCAGUUUCUCCAUGGAUUUUAACACUCCAAAAAAACUAACUGUCAAACGCAACGUCUUCGACUACAAGCGCACUAACUGGAAUGACCUGAAUGAGGCUCUUUCUAGAACCUUGGGAUUUGGCUUUUACUUCAAAUAA